AUGUUUCUGGUAUACCAUCUAGCUUGGAUUAUUUUUAUCUUACCAACUUACUCUAUAUACUGUUGGGAUAUAUAUAAUUUAUAUGAUGAUAUUCAUAUUGAAAUUUUCUAUGGAUCAGAGGUGCAAAUAAAAGAGCUGUUUAAACUCACAAACUCCAAUUUUCUACCAGUAUUUGUUAAUGCUCACUUUAAGUGGAAAAAAUUUAGCAAGUACUACGAUAAUGUUCAUGAAUUUGUACCACAUUUUAAAUUUGGAAAUUCUAAAUUUCAUGAAUAUGACAAUAUUUACAAUAUAUUUGAUAACAAACAAAUUACAAAGUCAGUUAUAGAUCAUCGAAGUCAAAACUUAUUUCUAUUUUAUGAUUAUGAAUUCAAUCCAAAUAGACCUUUAGAUACUAAUGAAGAAGAUAUUUGGAGAACAGUGGAAUAUAACUCAAUUUUCAUUGAGAACAUAAUUAUUCCUGGAAAGGGAAGUGGUAGACUUUUUGCUGCAAUUGAAGGAUCAAGAGUUUAUAGAUGUGGCUUGUAUGAAGGUAUAAUUGAGAUAACUGAUGGUGAUAAGAUGAUGAUUAAAAAAGUUAGUGUGCUUGUUAAAUAUCCUCCAAUAGUUAUAUUUGAUGGUAUGAACAAUAAAGACAACAUUUUACCACUAAGUAAUAGGUUGAUUGCAAGCACAGCCUCAGUAAAAAUACGAAAUUAUUGUAUUAAUAGUAUACUAUAUGUUGAUAUUUUAGUUAAAAGAAGUGCUCAUUUAAAAUGUAUUAUUUGUUCGCAAAAAGCUAUAUUACCAGGUUAUGAUUUAUCAGUUGAGUUUAAGUGUAGUGAACCCUCAAAUCAAUUAGAGUUAAUAGAAUACUUAAUUGAAUUAAAAGCUAAUUGGAAAGGUGGAAACUACUUUACAAAAUUUAUUUUUAAAAGUUUAGAUGGUAACAUUAUGAAGAGGGGUUUAUUAGAAGUAAGAAACCAUAAUCCUAUAUUUGAAUGGAAAUCUCCAAUAAUAAUUGAUGAAGGUAUAUACCCAGCAUGCAUGACGUGUCUAAGGAAAAAUUAUACUCAAGGUUUAAAUGCACAGAUAUAUUCCGUAAUUUAUUCAGAUGAACUUGGAGUAUCUAUUUAUUUAGAAGCAGAAAAUACUCUUCAACAAUUACCAAAAGUACCAUUAAGGACUUGGAAUACUUAUACUUAUAAAUCUCUAUUAAGAUUUCAUGAUGACUCUACUGUAGAUAUUUUUGAAUGUGAAUUCUCCUAUAUUACAAAUAUAUCAAAAAAUCGGAGAUUUUGUGAGAUAUAUGAUAGUGAGGGUGGUAUAAAAGUUUUAUUAAAUUCAGUUGAGAUCUAUCUUAACGAAAAAAUAUCUGGAGAAAUAUUUUAUUAUUCAAUAAAUAAAUUAGGUAAUCAAAUUGAAUUAUAUAAAAAAUAUCCAAGUGGGGAUUAUGUUAUAAUAGUUAAAGCUGAAAUUAAAAAUAUAUUGGAAACAAUUGUAAUUCAAGUGUUUAGCAAAUCUGUAGUGGAUUUUUGGUUUGCAGAUAAAACCCAGUUACGUCGUGACAUGGUUGGAGAUACCAUGGAGUUAUAUGGGAUAAUUAUUGAGAAAAAGACAUUACAAGACAAAAUUAUUAGAAGUUUAUUAUCAAAAAGAACAUUCCCUACGGAUGAAUUUUUUGUUGGGGAAAUAGAAUCUGUUAAAUUAGGGAAAGAGAAUAUUAUAUUUGACUUUGAAACACUAUCGAGAUUUGGUAGUGUUGAAAUAUUUGACUUGGAUAUGACAUUAACAUUGGGAAAACUUAUGGGAAAGUUGAAUAAUGGAGAUGAUAUAGAACCAAAUAUAAUUGGUUCACUUGUUUCAGUCUCAUUCCAUGCUGGAAAAAGAAAUUUAGUGGUAAAGAUGGAAGCAAUGACAUACAAGAACUCACUUCUGAUAUUUCGAGUCUAUUUAAAUUCAACUGAAAGAUUAUUUGAUGACUUAAUGAUACACUCAAAUAUAAGAGAGUCUAUUUUAGUUAAUCCAUUUAUAUGGCUAAUUAUUCCAGUUAAUAUAAUAGCAUCAUUUAAGACCGCAAAUACAAAUUCAGGCAAAUAUAACAUUACUCAAACAAUUUUAUUGAAAGUUAUAAUUAGAUUUCCUUCUAUAUUUGUAUACAAAGGGUAUUUAUGUAAUGAUAUACUAUUUGUAAAUAUUGAAAAUGAUUACUUAGACCUUCAACAUGUGAAAAUUAUGAAAUAUGAGCAAGUCAUAGGUGGCAAGACUGAAAUAGAAGUUGCCAUAUAUAGGCAUAAUAGUGAUAAUUUAUUGAUGAAUUACACACAAAUAACAAUACCUUAUGGUUUAUAUGAUGUUAGAUUAGAAUUAUCAAUAUUUCCAAAGUCAGUCAUUGAAUCUGCACUGAAAAAAUCCUAUAAUCAAGGAAUUCUAGUAGAAAUUCCAUACUUUUUAAAAAUAGGAGAGAAAAGAUUUCAAAUAGGAAUAUUAGGCAGAUGUGGUUUAGUGAAGGUAUCUAAAUUGGAAGUUAAUUUUGAUAUUAUCCCAGUGAGUAUUAAUAAAUACAAAAAGUAUGUCACCCUUCAACUGGAGUCACAAGAUAAUUUGUGUAAUAAAGAAGUUGUUGUUUGUUUUGAAAUGUCUAGAUAUUAUAAGCUUAAUAUAGUAGGUGAAGAAGUAUUAGAGACUUUAAAUAGUUCGGAUACUGGUUUAUACUUCCAAUUUUAUAAAUUGAAUCCCAAAACUAUAUAUUCAGUGUAUAUUGAAGUAAACAUAAAAGAUGAUAUUAAACUAGGACCCAAAGAACUUCUUAAUAUAUCUCACACUCUAAAUAUUUAUAGUAAUGCAGCAUAUUCAAUGAUGAAUGAAAUGCAAAGCGAAUCUAUUAAAUUUAUCCGUUUUUCAGAUCAUAAAAAUUUGCCAGAGAAAUUCAAAGAACUACUAUUUUUAGCACAGUUUGUCACAUUAACUGGACAGAUUAGAAGUUUGGAUGUUAAAAUUCAAAAUCCAAAAGUACAAAAUAAUUAUUCUAGAUAUACUUCAUAUAGCAAAAAUGAAACUAUGAGUUUACCAGUUGGACUAAAUAUGAUAGAAAUAAUUAACCAAGAAGAUUUUUUAGUACAAUAUUCAAUAUUAAUGUCAGAUCAGUCUACUAAAUAUGAUCUUAAAGAUAAGAUUGAUUCAUUAGAAAGGUUUAUAACUAAAAACUAUGCUAUAUAUACUUCACACAAUCAAUCUAAGUCUAUUAUAGUAGAAGCUCCUUUAUCCAUAACAGAUCGUAUAUUAUGUUCAUUACAAAAUGAAAAAAGUUACUAUAUUUAUGAGAAUUUAAUAUUUAAUUUUCCAUUAGGUGAAAAAUUAUAUUCAAAUAUUGAGUUUGACUGGUUAAAAGGAACACUUAAACUAAGGGACAAUUUGAAGACUAACAAACUGAAUAUACAUUUAAUGGAACCACUUGACAAGGUAUGUAAGAUUAGCAAGGUAGAAUCAAUAUAUAUUGAAAUAGGGCAUAUUAGCACUACUAAAUGGCUAAUUAGAUUGAAUUUUUCUAGUAUAUAUGAAGUUCAGAUACUAUUAUUUGAAUCAGGUCGCAUUGACUGGAUUUGGAAGAAUCAUAUAUCUUCUGAUAGUGAGGAUAUUUUAAAAGUAUUCAGUAUUAGUACAGACAGAAGUGAUGUGCUAGAUUUUAUUUCUGAGCUUGAAAUUGAUAGACACUUAAAAUAUUUUUCAAUAUCUAUCGUUCCAUGGUUAGAGGUAUCUUCAGAUAUUCCUAGAGAUGGAUAUCUAAUGCCUAAUGAAAAAAGAACUGUACCUAUUUGGGUUCAUAAUCAAAUUACAAUGACCAGUUCUUAUAGAUCUCAACAAAAAAGUUUACAUGGAACUACUUUAAUUAAAUUUAGAGGAAUUACUGCAUCUAAAGAUAUUCAUGGUAUAUUCCUUAAAAGAACGCUUAAAGAAAAUUCGGAUCAUUUCAAUUUUGAUAGUGCGAGUUCAGUACUCAAUUUAGACUGGUCAGUACCUAAUAUCAUAUAUGAAAAAAAUCAGGGUACUGGGUAUGUGAAAUAUAUAGCAUUAAUGAAUUCUACAGCACCAAUAUUAUAUUUUAUUUUGGAGAUACAAAAACCUACAUUGUGUACAGGCUCUUCUAAUAGUGGAAAUUAUAAGAUAUGUAAACCAUACAGUAAUGAUGAUGUAGUUAAAGGAUUUAGAGUUAUUUGGUAUCCUCAAAAUAAGUUUAAUCCAACUAACUACAGAAGUACUGAGUUUUUAAUUAAUGAUAUACCAAAACUGGAUUUAAGAAAUGAUGUUUUUGACGGUGAAGCUCACUUUUCUAAUAUAUUUAUAGAAUAUAAAAAUAAAUACAAAAGAGAAAAAAGUGGUUUUGCUUACAUAUUAGCCAUUGAAUGUGAUUGUCUUCCAUCUAAACAUUAUACUUUCAAAUUUGCAAUAACCCACAAUUACAACAUACCUAAUAGUGUAUAUAUACCCCCAUUUGGCUUUAAUGUAACUGUCAGUGAUCUUCCUUUAAGGGUACUAAAAUCUAAAUAUAAUGGAACUGAUAAUAUUGAAGAACUAUGUAAAGGAUUUAUUACUUUAAACUCCGACAACACUGGAAUUUUUAAGUGGAAGAGGAAUCGAGAAAUUAACGGGUCAAUAAGAAAUAUUGUUUUAGGAUACAAAAUUGCUGAUAUAAAAACGAACACAAUUGAAAAUGCUUUAGAUUGGACAUUCUCAGAUAGUUAUAAUGCACAAGAGAUGUUAAUAAACUUUUCUAACCCUAAUUCAGAUGAAAUAAUUAGUGAAUACAUUGAAUCUGAAUUUACAAUUAAAUCUUUACCUGCUAAUAGCAAUAUUCAGUUUAUAUUUAAAAUGGAAAAUAAUAAUACAGAUGAAAUUAUUUGUAAUUCAAAAAUAUAUAGUACAAAUAAGGGUGUCCCUACUAAACCAACAAAUGUACUUUAUAGCCCAUUAACUUAUAACUCAGUUAGUAUCUCAUGGAAUAAUCCACUUAACAAUGGAGGUUAUAAAUUAAUUGGGUUUAGCUAUAAUAUUUAUUCAUCAAAGAACUUAACUACAGAUAAAAUAUCAAAUAUGACAAAAAAUUCAUUCCUUAUUAUUGAUAAUAUGAUACCAAUGGUACCAUAUACUGUAGAAGUAUAUUCAAUAAAUAAAUUGGGAAAAAGUGAACCAUCUUUAAUUGAAAAUGUUUUCACAAAGCCUAUUGACUGUAGUCAAUUUUCAAAUAGUGUCAUUGAUUUGGUUAUUAGUCAAAACACAGGUAUAGAGAUCACAUGGGCUUUAAACCAGGCUUCAUCUUUUAAAAAUAUUGAUAACAAUUCUAUGAUUUUUAUAUAUUGCAAACAAAGUGGGAAAAACAUUUUAUUGGAAAUUAGUUAUAUAAAAGAUCUAUGUCAUCUUAAUAUAUGUAAAUGGACUGAAAAUAAGGUAAAUAAAGUGAGAAAAUGUGUAUUUUAUUAUAUAAAAGUCUUAAAUCAAGAUAAUAAAGAGUUUAAUUGCCAAAUUUAUUCAGAAUCAGGAAUUACAUCUGAAUUUAGAAAAUUAAAUUCAAUAACUGGUAAACAAAAUUCAAUAUAUUUUAUUGACUUAAAACAAUAUUCUGAAAACUCGAAUAUAUAUUAUCCAAAAGGUUAUAGUAAGACUUGGAGUAAUGGUUUAUCUAGAGCAGUUUUAAAACUAGGUAUUUCUUCAAAUAUUGUACUAGUUCAUAUUAGUAUAAAAUAUUUACAUCGUAUAAGUAUAUUUAACAUUACAAUAUUAAAUGGAACAAGUGAUCAGAUUUGGUAUAAUGAAUAUGAGUAUAAUGUGAAAUCUUACGAUAAUAAAAUAUCAUCUAAACAUAAUAUCGAAUAUGAAUUAUUUGACAAUUGGUACUUAAAUAGAAUUAAUAACGAAAAUUCAAUAGAACGAGAAAUUGAACUAAUGCUAAUAAAUUUAGUUCCAGGGGAAGUAUUAUUAAGUAUUCAAGGUAUUGACAAGUUUCAAAAUAUUACUGAUGAAUUAAAUCAUAUAAUAAAAUUUCCUAAUUAUUCUCACAGUAAAAAUUACUUAAGGAAUUUGGUUGAAACUAAUAUUCUAGAGGUUCAAAUCUACACUGGAAAAGCUCUGAUAGAUUCUGCUCUUAGUAAUCAUAGGCAGCUUUUAGUUGAAAAUUUAGAAAAUGCCACUUUUGAACUGAGUACUCCCUCACAAAUAUCUAAAUAUCGACAUUAUACUCCAAAUCACUUAUUUGUAACGAGUAAAUUAGUUGUUUCAGAAUGGCCAGAUGAUUAUGAACGACAUCUUUUCAAAAAUAUUACUGUCAAAGCUUAUUCUGGACAAUACAACUUUGGUGAUCAUGGUGAAGAGCUUUUGGAACAGCAAAUAAUUUACAUGCCAGUUUUGGAACUUAAACCAUUUAUGCUUCAAAAUCAGAUAUUUAUAAAUAUGUUUGAUGGAAAAGCAGAAACAGAAUUUAAAUUCUAUAAAACACUUAAUCAAAGUUUAUCCGACAACUUGAGAGCCGAUCGACAAUUAUCAUACUUUCCGCAUAUUUCAUUAUUAUUUGAUCCCCCGUCAUGUGUAAUGUAUAUUAAGAUAAAGUGGUCUGCUAAUUAUGCACCUUUGUCUACAAAAGUAUCAACAUAUUUAAAGACAAAAUCAUCGAGAAAAUAUGUACAAAGACAAUUUAAUGAAUCACCACAUUCGUGUAAUCAAGUGAAAAGUCCAAUAGAUAAUAACUCCUCAUUAUAUAAUUAUACUAAAGAAGAUAGAAUAGAUAUAUUACAAAUUUUUCCACCUGAAGAGAUGGUGAAUACAUAUAUGGUGGAUCCAAGUCACAGAUAUCCUCUAAUGAAAAACAUCACAUUAUUAUUUAUUGGCUCUUGUAAUUUAGAUCAAAAUCAAUCAGAAAGUAUUUCACCUGUAUUAUCUAUCAUAGAAAUGGAUAUUAUUCCAUGCCAAACUCAUGAUCUUAUGUUAUCAUAUUCAGAUCCUCUAUCAUCGAAAAAUACAACUUUAAUUAAUUAUAAACAUAAGAUAGACAAGCUAUUACUAGAAAAAAAAUAUAGACAAAUACAAGAUAUCAUUGUAAAUAAUAUAAAGUCCCAUAUAUUUAAUGAUAAAUUAGUUGGAGACGGUUAUACAGAUUUAUUAUUAGCUAGAUACAAUACUUCUUUAUAUGAAAAUGAAGUAUAUAUUGAUUUCCAAACAAUAUUUUCAGAAGAAUUUGCACUAAGAUCAAUGGAAUUUUCUCCAUUAAGAGUUCUAUUAUACACAAAUGAUUGGAAGAAGCUAAAAGAGCGUUCCUUAUUAUCUAAUCAUGUAUCCCCGUAUAAAGUUACAAUUGACCAAACAAAUAAUUCUAUAGAAUUAUUAAAAUCCUUCAAAUUUGUUAUUAGAUGGAUAUUCUUAUCUUAUAUUCUUUAUAAAUUUUAUUUUAUACUAAAAAAAAUAGUGAUAUGUUGA